AUGAGAGAUGAUGAGUCCCUUUCUGCUUAUCUUACCAAACUGAUUGAUCUGAUAAACCAAAUGAGGAGCUAUGGAGAGGAUUUAGCUAGAGCUAGGAUUGUUCAAAAAUUACUAAUCAGUUUGCCAUCAGCUUAUGAUUCAAUCUGUUCUGUUAUUGAGCAUUCUAAGGAUUUGGAUGAAAUUGAGGUACAAGAAGUGGUAGCUUCUUUGAAGAGUUUUGAAUUAAGGCUAGAUAGGCACUCUGGAUAUAAGGCUAAGAAAGCAUUUGCUAGUCUUAGUGUGAAUCCCAAAUCAGAAAAAUACAGUGGAAGUCAAAGUGGUUAUAAGGAUCAAAAGAAUUGGAAGACAAAAGGCAAAAAGUGGGAUAAUAAACCACCUGAUGGAGCUAGAAACCCCUGCAAACAUUGUGGCAAGCUACAUUUUGGUGAGUGUCGGUUUAAGGGAAAACCAAAAUGUUACAACUAUGAUAAAUUUGGGCAUAUUGCAAAAGAUUGCUACAACAAGAAACCAGCACAACAGCUCAACUAUGCUACUCAGACCGAAUCCAUACCAACCAUGUUUUAUGCUAGUAAUAAAGGCUCUGCUAGUGUAAAAGGAUGUGAUGGUGUAUGGCAUUUGGAUUGCAGAUGCAGCAAUCAUAUGACUGGCAGAGAAGAUGUAUUAAUUGAUGUUGAUAGGAAUAUAACUGCAAAAGUUGCAAUGGGGACAUGA